UCGAGUGAGGUGGGGAAGAGGCAAAGAGGAGUCCUGCCGUCCCCCACUCGGGCGCCCAGGCGUGGAAACGUGGGCGGCGGCGAGCGGCUGGGCUCCCUCCCCGCCCUCCCCGCGCGGCGCUCCCGCGUGUGCAGCUGUGUGAGUGCGUGUGUCUCCCUCUCGCCUAUCGCACACGCUCCAGCACUAGUGCAGGCGGCUCUCGGCUCCGCUCGCUCGCUCUCUCCGGCCGCUGCGCUCCCGCCUUGCCGCCGCUGCAGACGCAGCCGGGCACGGUGAGCGACUGAGGUGCAGCCGCCGCGGUCCCCGACUGCCGCCGGACUCCAGCUUCAGCAGGCUACACCGCACCCGGACCGGUCGGCCCGGUGACUCCCGCAGGGGCUCUCCGUGCGUCCUCGGGCCACCGUCCCAGCCAGGACGCACUCCUCGAGGGCUGCGCACUCCUUCCCCGCCCGGCCGCCUGCCGCUCCCCGCACCCCGUGACCGCUGCUCCGUCUCGUCCCGCAGGAGCUGCCCGGACGGGACCACGACGCUGCCGCCACCUCUGGGAGCAGCGCUUCGGGGCCGGCCUGAGCAGAGCCGUGCGGGGCCGCCGCUGCCGCGGGCGGGGGAUGGGGCUGCCCGCCAGGCGCGCGGAACCCGCAGGGGGAGCACGGAGCCGGCGCGCAGCCUGAGAGCCCCGCGCAGCCUGCGCCCCGCCGCCGCUCCGUGCGCUCCUGCCGCCGCCCGCGCCUCGAUGGCGCCAUCGCCCCGCCGCUGACCGGCUCGCCACGCUCGCUCAGCCCGCGCGGUCGCCCUCGGAGUCCGGCCAGCCUCUGGGGCAGCGGCCUGCAGCCCAAGUCCGCCCGCGCCCUCCCGCCCGGCCCCGCCAUGGCGCUGCGCCGCCUCCUGCUACCGCCUCUGCUGCUGUCGCUGCUGCUGUCGCUCUCGUCCCUGCACCUGCCGCCCGGCGCAGACGCUGCCCGCGGCCGCGCUGCUAACCGGACCCUAGGCGCGGGAGCCGUCGGGGGUCGACGUUCCGGAGGCGCCCUAGCCCGCGGUGGCCGCGAGCUGAACAGCACCGCCCGGGCGUCUGGCGUCCCGGAGGCGGGCAGCCGGCGGGGACAGUCCGCGGCAGCGGUGGCGGCGGCCAGCGCGACCGUCACUUACGAGACGUGCUGGGGCUACUACGACGUGAGCGGCCAGUACGACAAGGAGUUCGAGUGUAACAACAGCGAGAGCGGCUACCUGUACUGCUGCGGCACCUGCUACUAUCGCUUCUGCUGCAAGAAGCGCCACGAGAAGCUGGACCAGCGCCAGUGUACCAACUACCAAAGCCCGGUAUGGGUGCAGACGCCCAGCACCAAGGUGGUGUCGCCGGGGCCCGAGAACAAGUACGACCCGGAGAAGGACAAGACCAACUUCACCGUCUACAUCACCUGCGGGGUGAUCGCCUUCGUCAUUGUAGCGGGCGUCUUCGCCAAGGUCUCCUAUGACAAGGCCCACCGCCCCCCGCGAGAGAUGAACAUCCACAGGGCUCUGGCUGACAUACUAAGACAACAGGGACCAAUCCCCAUAGCACACUGUGAAAGAGAAACCAUCUCGGCCAUUGAUACCUCUCCCAAAGAGAACACACCGGUCCGAUCAACCUCGAAAAACCACUACACCCCUGUGCGCACUGCUAAGCAGACUCCAGGGCAUUAUGGGAAGGAUGCUUACCGAAGUGGAGGACCAGAUCUCCAUAACUUCAUCUCAUCUGGAUUUGUCACGUUAGGAAGAGGACACACGAAGGGUGAUCGCCAGUUUAACCAUCCGAUCUUAAGCAGUGCUACCCAGACCCCUACGCAUGAGAAGCCACGGAUGAACAACAUCCUGACGUCGGCCACCGAACCCUAUGAUCUCUCCUUCUCACGUUCUUUCCAGAACUUAGCCCACUUGCCUCCAUCAUAUGAAUCUGCCGUGAAGACCAAUCCGAGCAAGUACUCGUCUCUCAAGAGGCUAACUGACAAGGAAGCUGAUGAGUAUUACAUGAGGCGGAGGCACCUUCCAGACCUCGCAGCCCGUGGCACCCUCCCCCUCAAUGUAAUCCAGAUGUCUCAACAACAGAAGCCGCUGCCUCGAGAACGGCCACGCAGGCCCAUCAGGGCCAUGUCCCAGGACAGGGUCCUGUCCCCACAGCGGGGCUUGCCUGAUGAAUUUGGCAUGCCCUAUGACCGAAUCUUGUCUGAUGAACAGCUGCUCUCGACAGAGCGCCUGCACUCCCAGGACCCGUUGCUGUCCCCAGAGCGGACGGCCUUCCCAGAGCAAACGCUGUCGCGGGCCAUCUCGCAUACGGACGUCUUUGUGUCCACGCCAGUGCUGGACCGCUACCGCAUGACCAAGAUGCACUCCCAUCCCAGUGCCUCCAAUAACUCCUAUGCCACCCUGGGCCAGAGCCAGACGGCAGCCAAGCGCCAUGCUUUUGCCUCCCGCAGACACAACACGGUGGAGCAACUGCACUAUAUCCCGGGCCAUCACACCUGCUACACAGCCAGCAAGACCGAAGUGACCGUGUGACCGGCAGCGUGGCCGGGCUGCUUGGCAGAGCGAGAGCAGGACAGAGCAGAACAGGGCAGGGAUGAGGAGCACAGAGUCCAGCCUUGCUCUCCUUCCCUCCCCUCCCCAGUUCCCCUUAUUGGAACUGGAGGUGGGCUGCCUUUGUCCAGAAAAGCCAUACCCCGCAGGGACAUGGCGCCAAAUGCCUGGUCCAACAAGCACAGACCCAGGCUAUAGAGCUCUUUCUCUCCCAGUAGAACCCUCCCCCAAAUGAGAAGAGUGGUAAGGCUCCAGUCUUUCCUACCACCUGCGCCACUCCCUCAGUCCCCGCCCCCGCCCCCACCCCUUCAGGAGACUCAACCGCAGGUUCUUCCAGCCAGUGGACCCUCCCCGCGAAGGUAAUCCGAAGCUGCCUGAGUUUGAACAGCCAGCCGGCCGGCCAGCGGGUGCAGUCAGUGGGCUGACCGAAUAGGCUACUCGGUCUCCUUCCUGUAUCUAGAACCGCAUCACAGAAAUCUCUUAGUGCCUAAAAACUGCCUGCUCGCUCUCAGCCAGAGAGCUGCUGUGUCCAUAAGCACAAUACGAUUCUCUUCUGCCUGCUGGAACUCUGGUCUCUACCGAGCAGUCCCUCCCUCGCUGAGCCCUGCAGCCCCAAAACAGGAAGGGUCCUCUUCCUUUAGCUGCUUGGUUGCCCCUGCCUCUGUACUGUGGGGGCUGUGCUCUCCCAGCCUUCACUGUUUCUCCUCAAACCUCCCUGGGGCUUUAGCUCUUGCCCCCCAGAGAGGAGUAGCGAUGGAUUGCCAGGACUUUAGAAGUACCUUGGCAGCCGUCUCCCCACUUCCUCCAGGCCACUGGGUCUGAACUAGGACCUCCUCUCAGGCCUGCCUUCUUCACCCGAGCUCUGCUCCCAGGAGGCACCUGCAGUAGGCAGAGAGCUAGGGUCGGGAGGGCCACUGUGAUGCCCAGGAUCUCAGGGGCUCACCAUUCCCAUUUUCUAGGGCUCUGUCUGUCCCCCACCCAUAAGCCUCAGGCAGGAUGGAGGAAGAAGUUUCCAGACAGAAGAAGCUUAGCCCGUGAACACGCAGGAGCUCUCUGACGUGGUCAUGCCAGAUCCUGUGCACGCCUUUCCACCAUUUUUGCCCACUCCGCAGCCUUUAUCUAUUUAGAACUCAUUCUCUCUUCCUGUGUUCUCUCUCCCACCUACCUCCCCACCUCACCCCCUGCAGCUCAGUUACUUUCCUCAGACCAGUGGAUCCAAGGAAUUAAGACCCACUGACAGAUGCAAAUGAAUAAUGGUGUCCCAGGAUGUUGUUCUGGGGCCACAUCAACCCCUCCUCCUUGCAGGGGCACUUGGGCACAUGGUAAGGUCACCUGGCAGCUCCACUGCCAGCCCACCUCAGCCCCCUCUUUGCCUCCAAUCUAAAGGUGGACAAUGUGUGUCCAACUACUGGGAAACUAUAAGUGAGAGCAAUUCUGCUCCCCCAAAGAUCAGGAGGAGACCGUCCCCAUCCCCACCCCCAAGGGCCAGGGCAUCUUUCUUGUAAGGGACUGGGGAGAGUCAGCCCAAGACCGCUGGUGGAGUGACCUAAGAAACGGAACCAUCGCUUACCAGACUCCAACAACAAUGUCCUAAAGUCAGAUUUUAUGUCCCCUCAGUUCUGCAUGGAUAUUGCCCUUAAAAAACAAGGUGGUAAAAAAAAUUGUAUCUGUUCUGGUCAUUUUUAAUUUAGCCAAGUCUACUUCUUCUUCAUGAAGAAGUCCGUGGGCUGCUUCCCCUCACUGCUUUGAAGAGCUGUAAGCUCUCCUACACCCUUCCCCAGAAUGUCCCUUCUGUGAGAGCAGGAGUGUUCUUCAGAGCCCAGAAGGAUGGAAGCUGGAGUUUCCAAAGGCAGGCCUUAGCCUCCCCACUGCCUGGGUAUCCCUGGGACCAUAGGGCCAGGAGUUCUCUGGUCCCUGCUUUUUCCUCCCUGCAAACACAUAAACCCUCUUAAGGGCUGGUUCCCAUGGGUCUAUGAGCUUUGGUUGCAGAAGGUAAAGCUCACAGGAAGAGAAGAGCUCAAUCCAAAUAGAGAGUGGCUCACUUCCAGAAGCAAAGGCAUGUCCUACUGGCCCUAGCCCAGCACCCUGUAACUCUCUAACGCUUAGCUAACCCCUUUAAAGGCUGUGUGCUGGUGGGGAGGAGAAAGGUCGAGAUUGUGGUAGGAGAGAAUCCCCUCCCAGGUGUCUGGACAUCCCUUGGAGAAUCUUCCAGACAGCUAAUUAAUUCUCCACCCCUUGGGGAACAAGAUCUUACCCCAGGCUCUUUCCCCACCUUGGCGCUGGCAAAAGCGUCUGUCUGUCUAUCUAUCUUCCUCUCUGUCUGUCUGUCUCAGGGGUUGUUUUAUCAAACUUAUUAGUUGAUUUCAAAUUAUUUCUCAUCCCUGCCUUACCAUCUUCUGGUAUAAAGUACCUGGCAUUGGUUACGUCAGAAUGCUUGCUUCUGCCGAAGGCUUUUUCUUCGGCUUCAUACUUGGAAGGAGAGGCAUAGUCACAGAGACAGAAGUCUACAGACUAGUCUGAUCCAGUUCCCUACUCCAAACUCCGGAAAACUGUGUCUUAACUGCGACAUGGAAAUACACGAUCCCUCCUCCAGUUUUGCAUGACUCAUUUAAAUUACCUGUAGUCAACCAUGAUCCAGAAAUAUUAACAUUUGUCUUAACUCUUUUGAGAGUCCACAAUCACAUAGCUUUUAUUACAGUAUAUUCAUAUAACUUGUCCUAUUUUACUGUCAAUCUCUUCCUGUGCCUAAUUUACAAAUUAAACCUUAUUGUAUGUGUAUGUAUAUGAAGAAAACAUAAUACACACAGAGAGUCUUGUACUGUGUGGUUUCAGGCACCCAUUGGGAUUGGUGGAGCUUAUCCCUCGGUGAUAAGGGAAAAUCACUAGAUCCCAUCAACUCACCCAUCACUUCAGAACCAGCUAGCUCUUUGGCUGUAUGAACUCACUUGAGAGUGUCUGGGGCUGGAACCCAGAUGUCACUGCUUCUAGCCCAAGCAGGCUGGUGUUCCCUGUCACACAUAGAAGGGUCAUGGCUCCCUCAUGAUAAACACUCAUCUCCCAAGCAAAGGAAACUCAAGCUUUCCCUCUGUCUGUUUUGCUUCUUCGUGCAUGUCUCCAGUGCCCUGGACUGAAUGUGUCUAGGUCUUACUUGCCCCAAGUGUUCUUCCUAAAGGCUUCUCACCACCCCUAUCCUUCCAGCGUUCCCUUCUCGCUUCCUCCAGUGAACUCAUGACUCCAUCUAUUCGUGAGCCACAAAAGCUUGCCAAUAAUUCCUUAACCUCCUAACUGGACUUUGAUCAUCAGAAUUCCCCCCAGUACCUUAGGAGAUGUGUUUCCCUUAAGAAGCUCCAGGCCUUUCCCCAGCUAAAAUCUCUCCCUUUCUUUCCACUUUCACUCUUAGCCUUCUAUACCAGUUUCCUCUGGCCUUCCUGCCGUUUCCCUCCCCACUCAUCGACCUUCCUCCAGUCCUAGUUUCUUUCACCUGGACCUGCCGAAGUCUCUAGUUUUGAGAAUUGGAGUUCUUGAUGUAAACUGUGGAGGAUUCUGGCGUUCUCUGAGUCCUUCGUUUGCCUCGUUGGCUUGUUACACUUCCUCACAUGGGAAAUGAUGCCCCAGGUGUGAAGCUGUGGGGCUCCCCCCCACAUCCCUCUGAUCUCCGAAAGGGAAGGGAGAGAGCUGCUUGAUCAGAGGUACCAUGGCCAAAAGAUCAGCUUUGAUUCCUGCAGCUACCAGAUUCAAGAAGCUCUUGACUCAGACUGCUACUCGUCCAGAGUCUUCUGCGCUGGCCAAAGAUCCAUCCCCUUUGAUGCCUGUAGCUCUUGCUUUUGUUCCAACAUUCUUCUUCUAGUGAACAUCACAGCUUUCCCUUCAUCCAAAGACAUGACUUGUAAGUCUCCAAGGAUGGAGAAGCAGUCAUCCCAACAUCUCUGCCACCAAACUCAACCCAUUGUCUUUGGAGAGCUUUGAGCUGUCACCUGCUUCAUCUCUCAUUCCUUCCACAGAUGUCUGUGGACUGGACCCAAUACCAUAGUUUGAAAGGGCUGCCCAUCACUUGGGCCCUAGAAGGCGCCUGCUCUGAGAGGAGCCGGCCCUUUAGCUCCCACACACAUCCCCCUGCCAUCCUCUCUGAAUCUGAGGAACUGUGAAAUGUUUCCAGGAGGCUUGCUGUGCUUUAACGAAGUAUUUUCAGGACGUAGGAGUUAUUUUUAUAAGUGAUGCAUUUUGAUGCUAGGUUUAACAUGAAAGACAAAUCUUUCUGAUCCCUCUCUUUGAUUUUGGAAAGUGGCAUAUGAAAGAGGAGAGAGAGAGAGAGAGAGAGAGAGAGAGAGAGAGAGGAUUGAGGUUCCAGAAACAUGGCUUCUAGGUCUGGCUUUUGUCUCCAUCUUGCCAUGUGACUAAUGGGCAAGUCACAUUCCAGUUCAGUGCCUCAGUUUCCCCACCAAUAAAAUGAGGGGUUUUGACUAGAUGAGCCCCCAAAGUUUCAUUCAGCUCUAGGGUUUUCAUUCUCCACCCUUUCCCUUUUCUACAUUCGUCCCCACUUCAACUGAGCUGCACCCAUCACACUCUGCCUGCCCUGUGGCAGCAUCCUCAGAAGCCCUAGAUGGCCACCAGACUCCUCGCCAGAUGCUGGGUGAAAGGAAACAAUGGGCUCGGCCACACAUGGAUACUCUUGUUUCUGAAAGUUAAGGCCUGACCACUCAACAGGUUGCCAACUGUGUGUCUCAGAAGCCUCUCAUAUAAACAUACCCAAACCACCUGGGUGUCUGUUGCUGUGAAAUUCUGAGUUCGGAGUUUUCAUUUUUAAUGUCCUCAUAGCUGGAGGGAGGUAACUCUACUUUCAGAGAGGGGACAGGCCAAAAAGAAAAGGGUCUAGAUGUCUGUCGUGACAUUUGGGCACAGAGUUCGUAUUUAAGGUCAGAUGAGAUAUUCGUUCCAUGUCUCAAAGGAGCACACUUGGCAGAGGCUCUGUGUGACAAGGGGUGCCAUUAUAUCCCAUGCCACAGAAUGCAUCCUGAAGAUCACGUCGGGAUGCUGAAACUCCAUCCCAACUGGAGAGGACGAGGCAUCACCACCUGGGCUGCUGGGAGACGGGUUCUCACCCCAUCCCAGUAUCUUUGUGGCCCCUCUUUGUGAUACUAUCCUCCUCCCCAUGAAGGCUUGUGAAGCACCAAUGGAAAUUCCAAGUCCCUGUCAUCUAACCCGUCUUGUAAAUCGCAAACACAUUAACCUUCCAUCAUUCAGAAAAAUAAUGCUGUGUGUUUGCUUGACAGCCUCCCUCAUGUGGGAGGAGAAGACCCUGCUCAGCUCUGCUGCCAGCCCUCCGACGACCCUCAAACUCAAAUGCCACUCCAUCAAGAGGACCCAUUCAUUUGCUUUGUAGUGGCCAAAGACAUCUCUAGUCCUGUAAACUCAACUAGACAUUUUGUAGUAAGGAAUUCUUGAAAUUCUCUAAUAAAAGGAAAUUCUUACUGUAACAUUUUUAGUUGGGGACACAAUUUCCUAAGGGGGGGGUUGAGGAACAUUUUUACUCGUUAGCUGGAUUUAUGGAUUCUAUGUUUAUUAUAUGGAAGCAUUAUGAAAAGUACCUUUCUAUCCGUACCUCUGCAGUUUCUCCAUCACUCACAUGGACCCUUCCCAAUGAGCAGUGCCCCCAUUACUGCUUCUGUACAAAUCUCAUCAUUCUCCUUUGCUGUCAAAGCACACCCUACAUGUACUGUACACAGAGAUUGCUUUAGUGAGAUUUAGUCUUAAGGAUUUUUUUCCACUUUUGUCAGUAACCGAUAUUUAUGGAUCAAAAGAAUAAAGGUGUUUCAACAUAACCUGUGUGUCUUAAAGUAGCUGCAUGCUUAUAGAGUUAAAACCAAGGUCAUGCCAAAAAGCAAGGAAGGAUACGGGAGAUCACUGUGGUCAGGAGAAGGAGCAGGGAUUGACCACAGACAGUUGCUAGCGAACUUUAGGUGUGAUGAGAUGUUCUCAAAGCAGAUAUGACCAAGCUUAAUGGUACACAUCUCUAAUCCCAGAACUCGGGAGAAUGACGCAAGAGGAUUAUGUGUUUGAUGCCAACCUGGCCUACAUACCAAAAUGUUGUCUCAAAAAACCAACAAAUCAAAUUUAUGUUUUGGUGGUGUCUGUGGAACUACAUAAGUUCAUGGAAAUCACUGAGGUGCAGAUGUACAACUGUCCUAUGAUAUAGUAUACAAAACAAGCUUUUUUAUAAGAUGGGAAAAAGGCAUGCAGAGAGGUAAACCCAGGGCUCUGUGUCACCUGAAAGCAGAGCUAAAUUUUCCAGUGCUGUCUAAACACAUCUCCUCCAGCGCCAUUAUUCUUAGAUAUCGGGUCUCAGUUUUAUUUUCGCAUUAGUUUACCAUGGCUGAACAGAUUAAAGGUGGCUAAGGAUCCAUGACACUUAACCCAGAACAUCAAAAACCUGCACCAUGAAAACUGAUUCAGAUUUGCAGUUUUAUUCCAGGCUCUCUUUCUCUGGAUGUGGCUUUGAUAUUAUUUUCUUUGGCCUACGCUCACGUUGUUGCUAAGGUUAUUUGUUGAUCACCAGAACCUAGAAACAGGCUGAACAAAUAAAAUUCUGCCUGGGAGAUCAUUUAUUCUACCCCACGAGGCAGCGGCUCUGUAGUUUCUAGAACCCACGGUUCAGCAUACUCUCUUCCCAACCCUCCAAUGCUCCUGUAAUCAAAUCCUUAUUGGAGACACUGAGCUGAUAUUUUAAAAUCCUCAGCCAGACCUCGUGGUACAGGUCAACAAACCUCAAGUACUCAGAAAGCUGGGUCAAGAGGAUCAGAAGUGAGUUCAAGGCCAGCCUGAGCUACCUGAGGCAUCUCAACCUAAGUCAUCUCAAUAGUGAGUAAAAAUUAAUCAAUUAACUAAUUGAUUACUUAAUUGGCUAAGGCCAUACCUCAUUGAUGAUAGGGCAUUUAGUUAUCAUUCACGGUGCCCAUAGUGUCAACCUGCAAUCCUGCAAGAAAGUCCUCUUAUUCUCUAUUUCCAAGUUUUUCUCCUGAAGUCAGCACAGCAUUGGUAACUUUCCCUACACAUGACAACACAUACUCCAGAAUACAUUCACACAUCAUGGCACUCACCACUGAGCUCAUCACUGUAAUUUAUUCCUUUCUAAGCCAGUCUCUCCAGCGCAGGCCUACUCAUAGCAAGUAUACACACAUGCCCCGGCACAUCACACAUAUAGAAAUACUUGGAGUCUAUGUUCAUCAUUGAGAAAAAAUGAUGAAGACAAAUUUCCUGAUUGGAGGAUUUUUUAAAAAAAUAAAAUUUAACCUUAAUGCUUACAAAUAAUGGCUGAGUUAUACUAAUAGAUAGUCCUCGAAAGAAACUCUCAGGAGACCUCCCUAAUGGAACAAACAAAAACAAUAUGGAAUACAAUUAAAAACACAGUCAAAGACUGACCUCCCUCCCUUCCUUCCAUUCUUCCUUCCUUCCUUCCUUCCUUCCUUCCUUCCUUCCUUCCUUCCUUCCUUCCUUUGUUCCUUCCUUCCUUCCUUUGUUCCUUCCUUCCUUCCUUCCUGCCUCCAUUGUUUCCUUCCUUUCAUUGCAGUGUCAUGCUGUGGCCCAAGGAAGACAAGCAUGGAACUCACCAGUAGCCCACUGACUGAACUUGGAAUCUUCCUGUCUGGACUUCCUGAGUGCUAGGAUUACAUCCCUGAGACUCUUUAAAGCUCAGUUCUCUUAUUUAAACCAAAACCAGAGACUCUAUAAGCCAAUUGCUCUAAAAUGCCUUUUAUCACAUUCCUCUCUGUUUCUAUAGCUUGCCUAAAACUUUUCAGGAAAUGGUGAUUAGUGGAGGGGAGAGUGGAAGGGUAGUGAGAAACAGAGAGAGAGAAAGAGAGAGAAAGAGAGAGAGAGAGAGAGAGAGAGCUCAUAAUGCUAACUAGACAGUAUCUUCAUCUUGUCAGCAUAUCUGCCCCUUGUACCAAAAUGAUGGAAGCCAAGAACGGUGAUAUUGAAUAAGAUUUUGAGGGAAAGAAAAUCUCUUUCGUUUGACUUAAAUUUUAUGUCAUUGUCACUGGCUGUACUGGACGCCGAACUAAGGUUCAUUCUAAUGCUAAGCCAACGGGGUCACACCAUGUCACAGCCCCCAUACCUUUUUCAUUUUCAUUUUGAGAAAGGAUCUCACUACGUUUCCCAGCCCGUCCUUGAACUCAGUCUAUCACUCAGUCUUAGAAAGUGACCUUAGCUGUGGUUUAGAAACACAAGGAGAAGGUGCUGUUUUGGUCAUUUAACUUCCAGCCUUAAUCCCAAUUCCAAAUCUAAUUUACAGUGGUAGCAGCUGCAACAGACAAGAGUCUUAAACUCUUAUUCUCCAUUAGUGGCUUUUGAAGUCUCUCCUUUGGGUCCUAUAGAGAGAUAUUUCCAUGAGUCUCUCAUAUCAGUCAAGGCAAAGACGUUCUUUUCUCCAUAAAGGACAUUGGCCCACAUAUGGGACUCCAUUUUAGACUUUUAGAAAACAAAACCCCAUUGUUCCUCUAAGUGGGGCCCAUCAGUAUCCUCAGGUCCACAACAGAAGGUGUACACCUAGAACACAUGCCAGCCUUUCUCAUCAAAAUUCCUGGUGGUGGGGCCCAAGGAUUUGUAUGAAACAAGACUCCCACGUGACUUUAUAUAUGUUCAAUAUUGAGAAGCAUGCCAUUUUGACUUUUCCUGUAUCAGUUUUGAACGUGUAUGACCACAUGACAAGAGUGGCUUUUAGUUCUGGGGUCCAGGGUGACCUUGGUUUAUGUAGCAGGAUGAUUUUAGGGAACCAACUUCAGUGAACAAAUCAAAACGAAAAUGAGCUUUGAAGAGACAAGUGUUCGAGAGAUGGAGAGGAAACUGAGGCUCGGUGUGCCAGCUACCCAUAGAGAGUUUAAUAUACGAGAAACUGUUGUCUCUUCAAGACAGCCUUGUAAGGCUACAUGGGAAGCUUCAGGAUCACCCACGUAUGACAUAUGUGUGAGAUUCAGAAAGAAGGCCAGGGAUGUGGAUGUAGACACAGGCAUAGAAGGAGAGCUGGGAACCAUCAGACCUGUUCCUCUUGUGUUUCUUAGGAAGUAGAGGGGCAGCCAUUGUGAAGGGAGAAAGGACAUCCCAGGAGGGAUUCUUGGAGAAUUCCAGUCAUAGUGUGUUAGAAGACUCCCCAGAGGGCUGGCGAUGCUGAAGUGGUAUUGCCUAAACUUACUGCCAACACCACUGGAUUAUUUUCACCCCACUCUGCUGCUGGACUUCUGUGGUGCUUUCUCAGCCUUAAUCAGAGCCCAGAAAUAGAUGGGGCAGCCACUACCAACACCAUUUCUUGUCACAGGGCAAAGGAAAAAACUAGAAGGUCUAGCAAUGACUAUUAAGUGGCAAUCUAGUUAGACGCGUCUCAUUUCUACUCGUGUCUUCUUGUCUAGGGCUGGCUAGAUGGUCCUACCUCACCAUAGCAGAGCCAAGACAUAGAUUCUACUGUGUCCAGGAAGACAGGGAAUGGAAAACAUGGAGCAAAUAGCACUGAUGACCGCGGUGGUUGGCACUCUGUGCUUUGGGAUAAGGGCUGGGAAUUUACAGAGGCAAUGACGCCUUCUGUUACUAGAACAAAACCCUCAGAGUAUUUUAAAGGCAGACAAAGUUCUCUGCAGUUGAUUUACUACGUCCAGAGGUUCAUCCAAUUUUAUCCCAACUUUACUAAAUGUCUUAUUCAGGAGUCCUUUGACGGCAAGAAAUAAUAAAAAAAAUAUUACUCAAAUUAGUUGAGGCAAAUAAUGAGCAUUUUAUCACUAUUUAUUAUUAACAUAGGCUAUAAAAAACUGCUCAGAAGACAGUAGGCAUAAAGUCUCAUAAAUGCUAGAACUUUCCUCCACUCAACCCAUGACAGCAUCCUUCCUCCCACUUCCAGGCCAAGCACCCUUGUUUCCCCAACUCCGCAAAUUUCCAAAUUUUCUUGCAUAUGGUUCUUUUCUCAGAUGGUUAUGCUAAACUGAAAUGAUAUCUUCAGUAAUUAAGCCUCAGCCACCUUUCCUGGCCAGGACUUAUGGCUAACUGACUCAAGUUUUGUCUCUAAAUUUCAAAAUUGCUGGACGGAAGUACAAAAGCCUCUAUGACUCACUUCGUGUGCCCAUUUCCCAUGAUUUCAAAUCAAAAUCUCCACCCCCCUCUUUUUGCACUGAGGAGCGAAACCAAGGCCACAUGUCAGACAAGGAUGUUACCCCUGAACUACAUCCCAAGCCCUUAAAUGUCCUAAAAUUAGUGGCAGCUGCCUGUUAUUGUUAUCGUGAUUCUGCUCUGCAUCCCUUUAUGGCAGAUGGUGAAGGACGGGAAGAAUGGUAAAGCCUUCCUCUCUCACCUGUCUAGCUGUUAGGGCUAGCUGUCAGGUAAACCACCAACAGGGACUUACCAUCAAGUCUGCUGACCAGGGUCCUCUGCACAAAGGCUUCCUCAUAGCCUGGCAGCUGUGUUCUGAUGGCAAGUGUGCAGUGAGGGAGCAGGCAGGUGAGAUGAACCUGGCAGUACGUCUGUCCCUUUACAUGAUGUGCCCUCAGAAGUCACAUAAUAUUCUCCGUGAGUCACACACUGGUGAGUUGUGGUCACAGAACACAGGCUAUGGCGUGAAGGAAGCAUAGAAGGGUUACUCAAGGAAAACGUGUUGGUGGAAGCGAUUGCUUUACCUGCCUUUGGGAAAUAAAAUCUACUACACAUUGUGUCAAGUGUCUCUCCUUGGUACCACAGGAGGGGACACCUGCAUCACUUACUCAAAAAACAACUGCGAGCAUGCAUCCCUGAGGAUGUUUCAGAGAAUGAAAAGGGGGACAGUUGCGAACCCACACUGAGCAGAUAUUUUGUAGAGGGGCAUCCUUCAAUUGUUGAGAAAAUAACCCAUGAAAGAGUACCUAAUCUUCAGUUCUAUCCCGGGAGUCUAGAGAAGACAGUGAACAUGACAUGCAUACAGUAGAUUCUGUGGGGUCAUGUUAAAAUAUUCCCUACCAAAAGGUGAUGACUUUAAACUAUAGUAUUGUCCUUUUCUUCCUUUGUCCAUCUCCCUCCAAACUGGGCCAAGCACAGCUGUACUAUCCUUUACUCUUCCCUUGGAGAAAACGAAGACUGAGACCAUGAAGUCCUUGCAAACUUGACUGUCAAAAUAGACCCUUUCAGUCCCAAAGUGCAGAGACUUUCAUGUACUUUCAAGAGUCUCACAGUAGAAAGAGAGAAAGGUUUGUUUUUAACAUUUAAAACCUGACUAUUGAGUACCAAUGAGUCAUACUAGGGAAGCCUGACGUUUCACAAUAAGUCACAGAGUAAAGAACACAUAAGAUAUGAAAGGAACAUAUGUAGUUAUACAAAACAGAGAGAAAAACCUUUCCACACUUGGGGGGAGGAAGGGGGAAGCCCAGGCAGAUCAUUGAAAAGAUAGGGCUAAACCGUUCAGAGACUUCCCACCAUGCUCAUCCAUCACAGGGUGAACUUUAAAUGAUAGGAGAAGGGGGAAGUGGAAACCAGAACUUUCAAAACAGAUUAGAAGAUCUGCAGGCAGAAUGUACUCCUGAGAAGCAAAUUUCUGAUGAGUGUUCAAUGUCCAUGUAGUGCAGAGAUAUGAGCACAUAAAUUGUUGCAAGCUAGGACUACACAAAGCUCUGCUUCCUGACUCUGUCGCUGAGCCCUCACUUCCCUAUCUGGGAUUUUGAGACAUGUCUCCAGGGACAUCUCAGCGCUUACAACAGCAGAGUCCUGCCACACAGAAGAAUGAAAACCUGCAUACCUGUGCGACUGGAGUUGCUUCCAUUAGUCCAAAGUUGGCCCAUGUGUAUCUUGAAGCCCAGAGUCUUUCAACAAAACUGUUGUCGUAUUGUUUUGUUUCAGGACUUUGUUAUACUCCUAAAGAGUAUUAAAGACCAUAUUGAGCUUUCGCUUCUUUAGCACACACUGUAUACAAUUAUUAAUAUUCAAGAUUAAAAUGCAGAACAUUUAAAUUUUAUUUAUAAAAGUCACAACCAGAUGGGAGGAACAAGUCUGUCUGGUGUUCUAUUACACAGAAGUGUGAUUAUAGUUAGCAAUAUUGUAAUGCAUAAUUCAAAAUAGCUUCAAGAGAAGGUUUUAAAUGUCCUCGUCCCAAAGAAAUGGAUAAUGUUUGUGAUGACAGAAAACUGAAGCACCCUUUUGUCAACACACAAUGUAUAAUGUAAAUGUACUAGGGUAUUCCACAUUCCAC